CAUAAAUGUAUGAUACGGGUACCAACAUGGUCAGCAAUUACCAUACACGUAGCAGGAUUAUAAUCAAUUCAGUAAGUAUCAAAUAGAAGUACUUUUGACCGACAUACUCAAACCGAAAUUUGAAAUUCGAGAGAGCAGCAUACACUCUACUACGAGCAGGCCAAUUCACUUUGCCUUUUCUCAACGUAGGGGACACACAUCUUGUUCAGCAUGGCGACAACAGGUUUCAAAGAUGAUCCUUUUUGGAUGUCGAAAAUGAAGUAUCAGUUUGAAAUUUGGUUUGAUUUGGAUGGCAACGGAUCAAUUGAAAAUGAGGACUUCAACAAGCUUUUCGAUAAUAUGGUAGAGGCAAAGGGGUUGUCACCCGACAGUCCAAUGUAUGAUAGAGCAAAGAACAUGAAACAGAAUAUGUGGACCAUAUUACAGCAUAACGCGGAUGGGGAUGAAGAUAAGUCGCUAAGUCUGAGUGAAUGGUGUAUUUUCUUUGAUGAUUUUGCCGUCCAAUACAACAAACGAAACUACAUACCUCAUUGGUACAAAGAAUUCAUGGCAGUGACUUUUUUCAUAAUGGAUAAGAAUGGUGAUGAACUGAUAGAUGCUAGCGAUUUUGUUUCAUAUUACUGUGAAACACACAAACUUCCUCUUGAGAUAGUAAACACUGCAUACAAGAAGAUUACCUCUAAUGGAAAAUUAAAUCUGGAUAAGUUCAAAGAUAUGAUGAUUGGGUUCACAGUUUCAAAGGAUAAGGAACACACUGGCAAUAUAUUAGGAGAAAUGAUGGUCAACGGCCGUUUAGAAAGAAUGGCGAAGAACAUGAAAGAUGAUCCCUUUUGGAUGUCUAAAAUGAGGCAUCAGUUUUACACAUGGUUUGAUUGUAGUCGAGAUGGAGUUAUUCAAAAGAAGGAUUUCGACUAUAUAUUACAAGGGGUCGUACGUUCUAAGGGAUGGGCUAAUGGAAGUCCAUUGUGGAAGAGAGUCGAAGACAUGACAAACAACUUCUGGGCAGAACUAAAAAGGGCUGGGGAUACGGACAAAGACGACCAGAUAACUAUAACCGAAUGGUGUGACUUUUGGUCAGAUUUUGCAGCAAAUUACAACACUGAUGCUGAAUUACCUUUUUGGUACUCUGAAUUCCUCCAAGUAAAUUUUUGGCUUUAUGACACGAAUGGAGAUGGAUGGAUAGAUAGGGAUGAGUUUAUCGCGGCUUACAAUGGAAUGUAUGGCAUCCCCCUUAACAUAGUGGCAGCUACUUUCUCGAAUAUAACGAAGGAUGAAGAACUAGACUUUGAUAUCAACCUUUUCCGGGAGAUGAUGCUUGGAUUCACAGUUUCCACGGAUAUGAAAAAUCCUGGAAACAUUUUAGGAGAAAUGUUGGUCAGGCUAGUCGGUUGUGAAACUGAAUUUGAACGCACUGAGUUCUGGGAGGAAAAACAUCGACACGAGUUUUAUGUCUGGUUCGAUCAAGACAAAAAUGGAGUUGUUGAAUAUAAGGAUUUUCAUCAACACGCUAAGAAUAUUAUAGCAUUGACUCAGUGGUCAAAGGGCAGUCCUAUGUGGGUACGAUGCUUUGACAUCAUGAACGGCCUGUGGAGGGAGCUCAAACGCCGUGCAGAUAAAGAUAAUGACAAAAAGGUGACAGUUGACGAGUGGCUCGAUUCUAUGGAGAAUAUGUGCAGGGAAAUUAAAGCAAAGACCAUGAAAAUACCUUAUUGGUAUGGUAGUUACCUCGACCUAUACUUUGAUGUGUUUGACAGUCUUGGGAAUGGCGAUGGGUGGAUAACGAAAGACGAAUUCGUGUCAGCUUAUCGGCCAUUCAAAAUUCCAGAUGACGUAAUUGAAAAAUGCUUCGAUGAUAUGACAUAUGGUGGACGUAUUGCUAUGGAUCGCGACUUCUGGAAUACAUGUUGCAUUCAGUUUUCAACCUCGACCGAUAUAAACUCUCCUGGAAAUAUUCUCGGCAAGAUGCUGAUUGGAAAAUAUAAUUAAUGGACGCUAUGUAAUUAUAAAAAGAAUGAAAGAUAUGAAUUACUAAUCUAGAUCAUGACCAAUGUGAGAAAAAUAACUACAAUGAACCUUAUAUUAUACAACAAUGGCCUUAUUUUCAAGUCAAAUACUAUUACAUGGAGUUUUUUCAAUUUCGAUUUAGUUAAAGGUCCUGGAUAUUGAUACAAAUAUAAAUAUAUGUCUUUGUUAACUUAAUAACAUGAGCGGCAAAGUAUAACAUAAAAUAUAAUACAGGAAUCUCAAUAAUACCAAACAUCGUAUUAUAGUAUGUUCAGUCUGUGUCUACAUGUAUGUCUACUCCCACUCCAACCCAAAAGGUUCCCAAAGUAUUUUAGAAUGUUUCCUGGUUGUUCAAUACUGAGAGUGAGACAUAAUGAGCCACAAUGUCAAUAAUUUUACCAUUCAUUACGUCACUAAGGAUGGUAUCUCCAUACAAAAGUGUGUCUCAUUUCUUAGAGAUUGUUAAAUUUCUGAAAUUGGGCAGACAUUCAAGUUAUCAAGUCCUGCAAGAAGCAAUUCCAUUUCGAUUGUGAGCAGCGGACAUUUGGUUAGAAAAUGAACAUUUACAUUUCUGACAUCAUUGUCAUUUAUCUGUCCUAGGUAAACCUUAUAAAUUGUAAUAAUUAUGUAAUUACACUGACAAAAUAGUUAAGAAAUUUAGUGAAAUCAUCAUUGCCAUUAUAACCUAAAAUAAUUUUUCUAUAA